UUGGUGCAGAGGUGCUUUAUUUGGAUAAAAACUAUCUGCCCAAAAUUUUUACAGACUGAAAGUUUUGCUGAAACUCACCUCUCAAAUGAUAACAUUGGCAGACAAGAACGAGAACAACAGCAAAUUCAAAGACCCAUAGCUUUCGUAGUACCAAAUAAGCGAAGAAGAAUCCAACAACCACAACAAGAAACGAUGCACAGUGCACGAUCUUCUCAGACUUUUACAUCACAGCAACUACCAUCGGAAGAAUCAGUGGUAGUGAAUAUUUUGCAGGUUGCAAAUAAUCUGCACCGGUCACUGCAAAACUCGUAUCGCGAUCAGUUAGAACAGCUCAACUUAAACCUAUCGAAUCACGUGUUGUCAGGUGAAUUUGUAUAUGUUCCUCCCCAGUUUUUUUUACUAUCACCGGUUCACAGAUCUAAUAAUCUGAUUCAUAUCAACAGAUUGCAUAGUCAGAGCAAUAUUUUACAGAAUAGCUCUCUAUUUAUACCUAAUUACACAUUAGAGACCCAAACCCUAAUUGAUUAUGUGCACGGAAUCAUAGUUUCAAAUACCACUGGAUUUCAAUCGAGUUGA